AUGACUUCGACCGGUGUUAACGUUCUUCGGUGGUCCACCCUCGCCUUUGGUGUCUUCUACGGAUUCACCCACCAGCGGAGCAUCACGGGAGCGCAGAAGGCCGAGCACCUCAAGCACGAGUUCGACCGAAAGCAGAAGCAGAUUGACCUAGCCAAGGCCGAGUACGCCAAGAAGAUUAACCCUCCCGCGCCUGCAUCCAGCAGCGAUGUGGUAACCGACCCUGCCGACCCCAAGUUCGACCUCGAGAAGCUGCUGCUCAAGGUCGCCGAGGACAAGGCUUAA